AUGGUUCGGAUGCACAUUAAGAAAGGUGAUGAGAGCCAGUUUCUAUAUGAUACGCACGUGGACGCUCGGAUCGAAGACAUUAUAUACGAUAUAACUACAAUUUACAACGGCCGGCUGAAGAUUUCAAGAAUAUGUUAUGAAAUCGAAGAGCUAGCCAAGCACGGCACCAUGCUGCCUCAUAACAUGAUGGGUCUCACCGAUGAACAGGUAGAAGAGUUGAAGCUCAAGGACGACUGGGGCGAGAAGUGCGUCCCGAUGGAUGGAUGGACUUUUAAUAAGGACGUUAUUGGCCGCAGGAACGGCAGACAGCCUACUGCGAAGAUGCAGGAGGUUUUGCAUAAAACGAUUGAGCAAGCACGAGCUAUGGUGUCGAAGAAAUUGGUGCAACAAGACCAACUGGUGACACAAAAAGUUGUACAAGAGGCAUUGGAUAUCUUAAGAGGUGCGGUGACGAUUGUGUAUCCGAUGGGACUUCCCCCUCAUGAUAUUAUUCGACAAGAAUUUGAAAACAAUGAAGAUUUGUCCGGAACUCAAGCAUCACUCGAG